AUGACACUGCUUCAAUCCACGCACGCAAUUCUGCCAACAGAAAUAAACUCCGCCAACGACCUCCUAGCGUAUCACAUAUACGCCAUACUUGUAAGAGCACAUGGAAAGCACCAGGUCCAAUUCGAUGGAGUGAGCCAAGACGGUGAAUCAGAAUCCGAUAAUGAGCAAGAUGACGCUAUAUGUCAUGCUAUCAGCGUAAACGAGCCACCUAAAGAAAUCCGCGUUGUUAGUCUUGGCGGAAUUAGCAGGAGUGUCGUCUGCGUAGAUCAUAGUGCAGACGACGAUAUACGUACUCAGGUUCUAUCUCUCGAUAAAUACCUAAAUGUUGGCGCUUUCCCUGUUAAGCGCUCUGCUAUCCAUCGCGCUUUUCGCUCUCAUGAUGAAUCUUUACAGGAAAGUAAAUUGGCUUUGAUGGGGAGUGAUUUGGAAGCGGUGCUCUUUAGUGGCGGUGUGGACAGUGCAGGUGGUUUAGGUGGUGUAGCAAGUGCAGAGAGUGGCGGGACUGCUGGCAAGAUUGAAAACACUUCAAACACCUUGAACGCCUCGAGCACUUGGAAUUCAUCCACUGCAACCCCUUCACAGCGCUCGUCACAGAUAACUGCAGACACGACGCAUAUGGCACACCCAGCACAAUCCAACACCCAUCCUCUCAACAUCGGCAGUGGCGACCUAGAUCCUUUCCAGUCGUACACCCAUCCACCAGGUUCAUCGGGUGCAUUCCCUGGCGCACAGGGCAUGUACCCCACUCGCGAAUCUUUCCAAUCUUUCCAAUCAUCCAUCCCACCCGGCGCACGCUACGAUCCUGUCGCACCCGUUUUUGGUCCUGGUGGCGGAGUGGGUGUCGGUCGCGGUACUGGCAGCACUGGCACACCCAACCACCCACGUAACCCCCCUUUCUCUCACUCUUUCCCUCCUAACCCUGACUUUGACGAGCCUAUGCCGCCUGGCAGUUCCAACAUGUUUAUGUAG